CUUCUCUGUGUGAAAGUUUUGCUCUUUCCUCCUUUCGUAAUCACAAACCAAUCCUCAAAAAACUCUCAAGCACAUGGCCGCCAUGUGCAACCUUCUCUACCCACCAAACCCAGCUCUCAAGCGCCUUCACUCGCCCUACUUUAAAUCCUCCUUCUUCACCCACCCACCUUAUCUCACUCCAACCAACUUCACGACCAAACCCAGAACUAGAAGAAAAGUAACUGUUCAAUCCAACGGCAGUAACUCAGCUGACGUCCCCGACCGCUUAAUCUCAGCCGUGUGUUACUUCUACCCUUUCUUUGAUGGCAUACAGUAUGGAAAGUAUGUUAUAACCCAGUUCGCUCCCAUGCAAGCUCUCAUCGAACCUUUGGUACCAGCUAUUAGGGUCUUUAAGAGCUUCCCCUUUAAUGGGUUUUUGGUUUUCUUGACCCUUUACUUCGUGGUUGUGAGGAACCCCAAUUUUAGUAGAUACGUGAGGUUCAAUACCAUGCAAGCUGUUGUGCUUGAUGUGCUGCUGAUUUUUCCUGAUCUUCUGGAGAGGAGCUUCAAUCCCAAAGGUGGGUUGGGCCUAGAUUUGUUGAUGAGCUUGGACAGCACUGUCUUUUUGUUCCUUCUGGUUUGUUUGAUUUAUGGGUCUUCUUCUUGCUUGCUGGGUCAGUUGCCCCGAUUGCCCAUUGUUGCUGAUGCUGCUGAUAGGCAAGUUCUUUAAUUCAACACCCAUGGCCAUUUGGUUCUCAUUUAUAGCUUUUGUAGCCAAUUGUAAUUUGUUUUGAAUCAAGUGUUAUAGAUUUUUACAGUUCAAUGUACUUAGUCAUAAAAGGAAGAAAUUUGUAUAAUGAAUUGCUGUUUUUGCUGUGCCACUAUGUUCGAGUUUUAAUCGAAUUAUGGAAAUUCUUCAUUUUGUA